AAGGAUUCCUUCUUUCGUUUCAAUUGUAAUAUACUGACCUCUUGUUGCUGGUUGAAACUAAUGUAUGGCUGGUGAACAAUCUAAUAUCAGGAUGAGUGACGAACCGCCUGCGGAGCUCUUUGGCUCCGACAGUCUGCCGGAGACUGAUGACGUCAUCAAGGGUGAUGAAACAAUGCAGUUCUCAACAUCCGAGGAAAGUUCUAAGAUGGUUAAUGCCGAUCUUCAGAAGGUAAUGGACUCAAUAUCGGUGUCAGCGGACGGCGUCGAUGUGGACGACGAGAAACUUUUAUCACAGUUUGUCGUGGGCAACCUGGGCGCCGAUGACCACCAUCACGGACCCACCACCGCUGAGGAGUCCUCCUCUUCCUCACUGGCCGACGAGAAAGCGCUGCUUGAAUCAGUGCUGGCACGCGCCGCCAAUAGUGACCAGGUGGCGACACUUGGUGACCAGGUGGCGACACUCGGUGGCCAGGUGGCGACACUCGGUGGCCAGGGGAGGACACUUGGUAGCCUUGUGGGGGCACUCAGUGGUCACGUGGCGUCGCCGGCUGCCGGCGAUGAGACACCGGAGGAGACGAUGCAGGUGGAGAGGUUGAUGGAGUCUAUACAUAGCGGCAGCAGUAAUGAUGAACCCAAGACACUGCAAGAUGAUGAUGACACAAUAUCAUCUACAACAAUCGCUGUCCCAACGACAACAACUUACCAAAGUUUGACGUCACUACAGGCGGCGGCCGACAUAUUUGGCGACGACGAAGACGACGAUGAUGACGUCAUCAAAGCAGCCGGGAUGCAGUCAUCAACUGCCGACGACAACGGAAGCCAGCAGACGGUGAUGACGGCACUGGUGGGUGGAGGGGGUGUGAUAACGGCAUCCGGUGGAGGGUAUGUGAUGACGUCAUCGUCAUCGGGUGGAGGCCAGCUGAUGACGUCAUCGGUGGUGAGAGAGGAGGAAGAGCUGACGUCAGUGGAGGAUGUGCUGUCGGCAUUGCAUUCGGAGCUGGAUGAGGAGGAGGAGGUUACGAGAGGAGGAGGAGGUGGGGGAGGAGGAGAGGAGAUCAAGAAGGUGGAGGAGAAGUCCAAGUGGAAAUUGAAAGUGGAACAACAGCGGCAGCAGCAGGCACAAGUCACAAAGCCGGCUAAACCAUCCUCAGACGGCGCCAGCGGUCCGAUGUACAAGUGCUUUGUGAGCGGCUGCAAGUCGACUACUAGCUCUGCAGCGGGGAGCGGCGCAACUAGCGGUGGGAAGUCGGUGACUACUAGCGCUGGAGCUGGCAGUGGCGCAACUAGCGGUGGGAAGUCGGUGACUACUAGUGCUGGAGCGGGGAGCGGCGCAACUAGCGGUGGUGAGAUGCGGUUCUUCAAGCCGCCGCCGAAUCCGUUGAUAUUCAAGCGGUGGGCGCGCAACUUGUGCCAGGGAUCGCAACAGUUGGCAUAUACGGCGCUCAUCUGCGAACUGCAUUUUCGGCCGCAGGAUAUCAGGGAGGUAUUUGUUAACGGCAAAAAGAAUUGGGUAUUGACCGAGGGUGCCCUGCCCAAACCGUCUACAGCGUCGGCACUGGCAGCAGCGGCUGCACAAGCUGGCAACGCCGCUGCUGCGGCGAUGAACUCCAGGCCACCAGGUGGCAAACGACCGGUCGGCCGGCCGAGUGGCCUGUACAGGCAACAGCAGUUCGAGGCCCUCCAAGCCGCACAGGCCAGGGCUAACAAGCUGCAACGGGAGAAACUCAGUCAAGAAAUUAUGACGAUGUUUGUGGACGGAGAUGACAUUGAAGCUCAGUUAGGCAGUAGAUAUGAACCUUCUCAUCCCACUCCUUCAGGAUUUCCAGCAGUUACAGUUGAAGAAAUUCACGAGGGUAGGAGUGUACGAAACCGGUUCUCGUCGAUCAAUAAGAAGAAAAUGUUGGAAAAUACCGAGGAUUCCUCUCCAACGCCAAACAAACUGCUGUCUGGUGAGACGUAUGUUUCCUCAGAUGGCAUCGCCAAGGAUGGGAUACCCGUUCACGAUGAUCAGACCACUUUUGAUAGAUCAGCAGGCUUAGAUGAAUACACAGAAAUCCUACUGGACGCUCCAAUUGGAGGAGACGAUGAUGACCCCAACAACGAAGGAUCUCAAGGUGAUAAUGAACCUCUCCUUCAUCAAGAAUUUGUCGCCUCAUCCUCAAUCGUUCCUAUCGAUGAUGACAACCGACGAAUGCGCAACUUUUUCCUGGAUGGAAUCGCUGCAACUAUCUUGUUUGGAUUCAGGAGGGGUAGAGGUAUUGACAAUGCUGUUUUUGGACUGAAUAAGGAGGCUCUUAGUGCUUUGGAUGGAUCGCAGAAGGUACUAGGUAUCUUUUGCGAUCUGUCCAAGGCCUAUGAUUGCGUGGAUCAUGACCUGCUUUUGUCCAAGUUGUGGCACUAUGGUAGCACACUGGAGACACGCCGCGCCGCGCCGCGCAGCCGUGGACGCCGUGGAAUUAUUCCGCUGCCGGAACUUUUGGGAGAAUACGGAGCGGAAUUUAUCCUCUGUGGCUGCGCGGCGCGGCGAGGCGAGGUGCGGCGCGCCUCCAGUGUGCGAUAG